GCGAUAUAUCCUUUCCUUCGCUGAUUUUCUUCCCGUUACCAUUUCAUCUUUCCCAUAUACAGAAGCAGCUCUCUACAAUGAGUCUCUGGUCCAACAUAUGGCUCUGGAUCCGCUACCAGGUCAACGUCAUCAUCCAUUGUGGUUUCCCAUGUUUCUUCUGGGUCCAGCCAACAUGGAGCAUUGAUAAGAUCGAGAAUCAAGAAGGCAAGGUCGUACUCAUCACAGGCGGAAAUUCGGGCACCGGCUACGCAACAGCUCUCGCACUCUACAACGCCGGCGCGACAGUCUAUAUUGCGUGCCGAAACUUGACACGAGCCAAAGAAGCUGCCGAAGAUAUCAAGAAGGGAGGAGAGAGGGGGAUUUGGGGUGUGACUUACCCACGCAAGGAGCUCGAUAAAGCUGGAGGGAAUAAGAAGGGCAGGGUGGAGAUUAUCCAAUUGGACUUGACUGAUUUGGCGAGCGUGGAGAAAUGCGCCGAGGAGUUUUUGAACAAGGAGAAGAAGCUUGAUCUCUUGUUUGCCAACGCUGGUAUCAUGGCUACUCCUGAAGGUCAAUACACAAAGCAGGGAUACACACUCCAGUUUGGUACCAAUACUCUCGGCCAUCACCGUCUCAUCACUCUCCUCUUACCACUUCUUCUCUCUUCCCCUCCCAGCCUUCCUUCCCGAGUCAUCCUGACUUCCUCCGCCGGACACUCCAUGGCACCCAAGGGAGGUGUCAACUUCAAAUCAGUUGUCCGAGACCCUUCUGACACCGGUUCCGGACAAGGCAAAUACGAACUUGACAAGUGGACUGAGUAUGCACAGAGCAAGUGGGGUAACAUUGCGAGUGCGAAAUAUCUUGAGGAUACCUAUGGAAAAGAGGGAAGGUUGAUUGCAGUUGCUGUCCAUCCUGGUUUGGUUGCGACAAAUCUGACAAACCAUUUACCUUUCGUUGGAAUCUUUUAUCGAUGGGUUCCCUGGUUGAGACAUUUGUUCACCCGGGACCCCUCCACAGGUGCUCUCAAUCAGCUCUACGCCGCGACCCUUCCUUUACCCGAUGCUUGGUUCUUGAACGGCGAAUACGUCGUCCCUUACAACACCGUCGGUAUCUGCCGAUCUGAUUUGUUGGAUAAGAAGAGGAUAGAAGAGGUUUGGAACUGGUGUGAUGAGCAGGGAAAGAAGUUUGCGUAGUUACUUAAUUGAAAGCCUAGUAACAUUAUGUAUAGAUGCGUUGUGUAUGGCCGUGGCUAUGAAUUGGCGUCUACAA